CUCAGACCUGGCCUGUCGUUUGUGUUUUUCUCCAGCCACACACCCUAUCUUAAAUAAGAAGUUGGCAGUCCUCUGUUGAUCUUAAGGCCUCUGGAAAUUGUUUUGCUGGAAAAAAUUCUUCAACCACUGACACAACUCCCUCUGUUCAUGAGUAAUCUUACGGUGUGGUAAGCCUCGUACAGUGUGGUGCUCCCCCACCCGUGGCUUAUGUAGGAAGGGAGCAAGUGCGACUCUGGCUCCCCUGGCAUUUACUUCUCCUUAUGAGGGAAUACCGUGGGUCUCGGUUAGCUACUCUCCACUCUUGCCUUUGGGUUUUAUUGGUGUGAGUCAGCCUCCUGCACUCUGGCAUUCUGUCAGAUCACAUCUCUGAGCCUACAGAGCAGGAGGUGGACCCCAGUGAAUUCUCCAAAGUUUCUGUCACCUUGUAAGGUCUCUGGAAGUCAGCCAGGCAGCCUGUCCUGUGACAUUUCUCCUUCUGUGUCCCCCUUGCCUUUGUCACUCUCUGGUUAUAAAGACUACAAGUACACUUUGCACACUGGGAAAGCAGCACACAUUGACUGGUGCUUGAAGAAAUCGCUUCCUUCUCAAGGGAGUGCUGCACUUUCCCCUGACCUCAGGUUUUCUUUGGUUUUGUGGGCACAGAAUAGAUGAGGACUCAGUAAACCAGCACGUGGAACACCGGCGCGUUCAGAAACACUGGUGUGGACUGGACUUUGUAGUUUAUUUUCUGUGAGACUAUACAUCAUAAAAUCCCCAAGAUGAAAAUAUUUUGAUUAAUGUUUGUCGAAUUUACUCAGCCAUGAAAUAAGCCAUUACUGUUUUCCAAGGUAUCUUACAGGCUCUCAGGCCACAGGUGCCCUCCGGAAACCUCGCUCAUAGUAAAUCAGUUGUUGUCAGGCUAGGGGCUGUAACUCAGUGGUAAAGUGCUUGCCAGUCUGAGGCCAGUCCAAGUUACAGAAGGCCUUACCUCAAAAGAGAAAACAAACAAAGAUCUCAUGGGUGUGGAGACUGAGAGACUCUGGUCUAAAGUGGGGUUUCUAAACUUCCUUGUGGUAGAAAUUCCUUGCGAUGUUUGUUUCAAUGUUCAGUUUUCCACAGUUCUCUCAUGGAGAAGUUCUAACGUGCGGGGUCUAGGAAGGAGCUUCAUCCAGACCUCAGAGACGUUGAUUUGGGCUUGCGCACCUGCACCUUGCUGUCCUGACACAUGUGUUUGUUUAUAUGUGUAUAUAUCAUUAAUUUUUAAAGAUACAUUUACUUAUUGUUACUUACAUUAUGAUUAUGUAGGUGUUUAUGUGUACCACCUACAUACAAGUACCAGCAGAUCCCCUGAAAUUGGAAUUACAGAUUAUAAACCAGCUGAUGUCAGUGCUAGGAACCGAACCUGGGCCCAUGGAAGAACAGCAAGCACUCUUAGCCACUGAGCCCCCCUCUCCAGCCCUAGUGUAAUUUAUUAUUGAGGAAAGAAGAAUGUCCGUGGAGGUCUCAGUGUUUGCCAUCAGUCAUUCGGCCUGAGUUUGAAUCUCUAGCACCUGCAUAAAGCCAAACACACUAGGUCAUGCCUAUACUCCCAGCACUCCUGUGACAAAAUGGAUCUCUGGCCUAUGCAGCAGGGAACAGGAUUCUGUCUCAAAGAAGAGGGUGGGGACGGACAUUAGCAGUUGUCCUUUGACAUCCACACGUGGCAGGCCAUGUGUGCACCUGCAUAUGAGCAUGUGCUUUGGGGGUUUGGUUCCCCCCCCCUUUUUUUUUUAAUGGUGGUUGCAAUCAAGACCUGGCCUUAUGCCCCUUAGGCCUAUGCUUUACCAAGGCUUAUCGCCUGUCUCCCUCUUAGUUCAUCUGGGCUCAGCAGGGAAAACACAUUGUCUUUGUUUUAAGGCCAUGAGUCUUUAAGCUUGCAUCAGAAUGGCCUACUCAGUUUAUUAAACAAACUUCUGGGUCCCACCUUCAGCGUCCAUAUAUUAUAUAUUAGGUCCAAUAAUUUGCUCUACACACACACACACACACACACUUCUGGGUCCCACCUUCAGCGUCCAUAUAUUAUAUAUUAGGUCCCAAUAAUUUGCUCUACACACACACACACUUCUGGGUCCCACCUUCAGCGUCCAUAUAUAUUAGGUCCCAAUAAUUUGCUCUACACACACACACACACACACACACACACAGGAGAGAGAGAGGAGAGGAGAGGAGAGGAGAGGAGAGGAGAGGAGAGAGAGAAUGAACGAACUCGGGAUCUCCUGUAUGCCAGGCAAUCACUCUGCCACUGAGCUGCCUCUCCAGCUCACAGUUUGCAUUUCUAACUCGUAAGGCACAUUGACGUCACUGGUCGGGGAGACUCAUUCUGAGAAUUACUGGUUCAGGGGCUCCUUCUCGUGCAGGUGGGGAUGCCUCCAUCAUCCCGAUGCUUGAGUUUGAAGAACAGCCUUGCUGUCCUGUAGUCAGAAAUUGGGCCAACAACUCGCCUGUAGAAGGGACUGAGAAGCUAGAGGAUUCUAAAGAUAAAAGGAGCUGUGAAGACCCUGACAGUCCUUUAGCCAAGAAGAUCAGGCUGGGAACACCUGCCAGGUCGCUUUCCAACUGUGUAGCUCACCAUGGGGCCCAGGAAAGUGGUCCAGUCAAACCAGAUGCCAGCAGCUCUGAUCUCACCAAGGAGGAACCGGAUCCUGCCAAUGGAAUCGCUUCAGGUCGCUUCAAAGUGGUGGAUGUAUACAGAACGGGAGCCAAGUGUGUUCCUGGAGAAACUGGAGACCCGAGAGAGCCAGGUGCUGCCUACCACCAGGUGGGACUACUCCGUGUAAAGCCUGGCAGGGGAGACAGGACAUGCUCCAUGUCCUGCAGCGACAAGAUGGCAAGGUGGAAUGUCCUCGGAUGCCAGGGCGCACUGCUGAUGCACUUCCUGGAGAAGCCCAUCUACCUGUCAGCCGUGGUCAUCGGGAAGUGCCCAUACAGCCAGGAGGCCAUGAGGAGAGCAUUGACUGGCAGGUGUCAGGAAACCUUGGUUUUACCCAAAGGCUUUGGAGUUCAAGAACUGGAAAUACAGCAGUCGGGUUUACCAUUUGAACAGAGUCGCUGUGCAGUGCACAGGAAAAGAGGAGACAGUCCAGGCCGACUCGUCCCUUGUGGGGCAGCUAUCAGCUGGAGCGCUGUCCCUCAGCAGCCCUUGGAUGUCACAGCCAAUGGUUUUCCACAGGGAACAACAAAGAAAGGAAUUGGAAGCCCUCGGGCCAGAUCCCGAAUCAGCAAGGUGGAACUCUUUAGAUCAUUCCAGAAGCUGCUGAGCAGCAUUGCAGACGACGAACAGCCGGACUCCGUCAGGGUAAUGAAGAAGCUGGACACCUAUCAGGAGUACAAGGAUGCUGCGUCCGCCUACCAGGAAGCCUGGGGUGCCCUCCGCAGGAUACAGCCGUUUGCGAACUGGAUCAGAAACCCGCCUGACUACCACCAGUUUAAAUGAACUCCCGCUGGUCUCAGGGCCUUCAUAUUGGUCUGCCUCUCCCUCAUGCUGAACAAACCCCUGCUGUUCUGGUGGUUAAAUCCAAGGAGAAAGAGCUGCCUUCUCCCAGAGCGCUGCACCUCUCUGGUGUCAUAAAUGGAACCCAGAACCUCAGCCAUCUGUCCUUGACUGGAGCAGCUCCGUGCUAAGAUAGCCUCUCAGUAGCCCUUGGUAUC